CAACAUAAUUCCUUCUUUUACUUUUCUUCAAUGGCAAAAUUGGUUAAAUUACUUAUAAUUUUGCUAGCUUUUCUUGUUUGCUCCAAAUUCUUGGCCUUAUCAGAAGGGAUAACACAAUUCAUCUACAAUGAUGGCUUUAUCAAAGCCAAUCUAAGUCUCAAUGGUAUCGCCAAAGUCCUUCCUAAUGGUUUGCUAGAGCUAACAAACACUUCACACCGACAAAUAGGUCAUGCUUUCUUUCAUCUCCCUUUGCAAUUCAAUAACAAUUCAGAUUCUUUCUCUUUUUCUACCAACUUUGUGUUUUUUGUGUUUGCCAUGGUUCCUGAGACUUUAAAUGGAGUAAGUGGUGGCGGCCAUGGCAUUGCCUUUAUCAUCUCACCAUCUACACAAUUCAAAGGAGCAGUAGCAACUGAAUUUCUUGGGCUUUUUAACGCUUUUACAAUAGGCUUACCAUCCAAUCAUUUACUUGCCAUUGAAUUAGAUACUGUAAAGAACCUGGAAUUUGGAGAUAUCAAUGACAAUCAUGUUGGAGUUGAUCAUGUUGGAGUUGAUGUUAACAAUUUGACAUCUAUCGAAUCAGCUCCUGCCUCCUACUUGCUGCCAAAUGAAGCCAAAAACAAAAUCCUAGCACUUAACUGUGGGGAUCCAAUUCAAGUAUGGAUAGACUAUAAUCAAACGGAGAAGCUAGUUAAUGUAUCACUAGCUCCAUUACCAAUCAAGAAACCAGAAAAGCCUCUUUUGUCAACAAGAAUUGAUCUAUCUUCAGUUUUCUUGGAUUCUAUGUAUGUUGGUUUCUCUGCAUCUACUGGUUCUAAUUAUGCAAGUCACCAUUAUAUUCUUGGGUGGAGCUUCAACGAUAGCGGGCAAGCGCGCAAGCCCAAAAAACUUGGUUUGGUUUGUACACAUCAUUCCCCGGCAGCUAGGCCUACAAUGAGGCAAGUUUUGCAGUAUUUGGAUGGAAAUGCUACAUUGCCUGAUAUCAGUUUAGUUUCAGGUAGCUAUACAGCAUGUACAGAUUCAAUUUCUUUUGUAGCGUCUACCAAUGAUGCUGCCUCCUAUUCCUUGUCUGAUAUAAAUUCAGUUCUCAUCAAUGGCCGUUAG